AUGGAUGAUACUCUGUGUGGAAAAUUUGACUCUUUGAGGGAGUAUUUACCUGAUGAUUUGAAAGAUAGUAAACUUGAUUUUUAUGAUAAUAAUAAUUUCAAAAAUUACUGCCCUGAUAAAAACUGCAAUAGUGAACUCGAAAAAAUUACGAUUGGAUUUUUAUGGUUACUUGAACAAUAUUUUGGUACAUACCGAAGUACAGGUUAUGGAGAUAAUACUAAUCCAUUUUUUCUAUAUAUGAUUUCAUGGCUUAGUUACAAAUUAAAGCAAAACUCAGUGGAUGGUUCUACCACAAUAAAUGGUUUUUAUAAUGAACAUGUAAAAAAUAGUGGUAAAUAUCCAAAAUUUACAAAUGCUGCCAAUACAUUUACAAACCUUGAGGAUGUUUUAAAUACAAAAAGUGAUUUGUUGAAUAAUAAUAUUGAAGAUCUGUCUGAAUUUUAUGAUAUAUUCAAAUUAAUAUGUAGUAUGUAUAAUAAUGUUGAAACGAAUAGUCGUGACAAACUGCCAAAUAAUGCGAAUGCUUUUAUUGAAAAAUAUAGAGAGCUUAGCAAUAACUGCAAUAUUAAAGGUACCGCAUAUAGUAAAAUAUUUUCUGCUUUAUCAACUGAUUAUGAUAAUUUUAAAAAUUAUUGUAAUAAAAAAGGUGCUAAUUGUAAAGAGUUUUCAUCCCUUCCAGAGAUAACAACCAAAUUUGCUGCACAAUUAUCUGGAGAUACAUCAAGUUCGUCGAUAGGAAACAAAUUAUUUACAGUUUUAUCGAUAUUUGGUGCAAUUGCAUUUUUUUUAGGAAUUUCUUAUAAGUAUUCGUUAUUUGGAUUUCGGAAACGAGCUCAAAAACAAUAUUUAAGAGAAAAAAUAAAAAAUAUAAAGAAGAAAAUGAGUCAUUAA